CCAGGUGAGAGAGAGUUGUGUGUGUGUGUGUGUGUGAGUGUAUGAGAGUGUGUGUGAGUGUGUAUGUAUGUAUGUGUGCGUGUGUGUGUGAUUGAGUGAGUGUGAGUUGUCGCGCGACUGCAGGAUGAUGAAGGUGACGCUCGUGGCUGCUUGUUUGCUGCUGCUGUGGAUCAGCGCGUGCGAAGCUAAACGAGUGUAUUUUGAAUGUGGAGCCAAGGUGGACGUGGUGGAUGUGCAGGGCCUUGUUCUGUCCCCUGGUUUCCCCUAUAACUACUCCUCUAACACCCACUGUGUCUGGCAGUUCUUCGUUCCCGCUGGUCACCAACUUACCAUGGAGAUGUUUGAUUUUGACGUUUUUGAGAGUCAGAACAGUCCUGGAAGAAACCCCACCUCGUCUACAUUACUUCUGGAAGAGGAGGAGGAAGAAGGUGAAGAACAUUUUAGCCCAUCGAUGGGCGAAUUGCUUUCCAAAGCUAGCUUAGCCGCAACUCGCAUUGUGGCAAAGGAACCGCAGCGGUCCGUGCAGAAUCGAGAGGUCAAACAGGUAGUCGUCCAAGAGGAGUCCAAUAAGAUGGAGAUGGCUAAAGUGUCCAACUCGGCCAAACGUUCCUAUGAGUCCCCUUUGCCCAUGCCUCCAGAUCCUCCACCGCCUUCUCAACCGUUGUCUGGACCUCAACCACCUGGAGACAAGGCCCAGAACUCUGUGUCUCCUCAGGCUUCCAGAUCCGCCAUUGAAGCCAAAGGCAGAAUGACCAAUGUUCUUCCUGCUACUCCUACAGCCACCGGCAGUGAAGAAGACACAAGCCCUGAAACCCAACAGCCAGUGAUGGACUCUUGCCCUCACGAUGUCCUCUACAUUUCGGACCUGACCACCUUCUCCUCGCGCUUCUGUGGCUCCAACCGUCCGUCCAGCAGUCAGCUGGUUUUUGGUUCGGACUCCGAGAUGGUGGAGGUGAUCAUGGAGCUGAUCACAACCACCCACUGGGGCCGGGGGUUCGUCCUACUCUUCCGCUACCACAACCCCACCCAGCUGGCUACAACCGGAGGACAGAGGUCACUGGUGUCCUCCAGCGGCACAGUGGACGUGAUGCUGGCUGUCGUUAGUGGAGCUGCUUUCUUCACCGUGGUCCUCGCCAGCGUUCUCGGCAUGAUUUUGAGACCCAAACUGUGUGCUAAAGGAUCCGACUCCACGCCCUCUAUCAACUCUGAGGUUCCAGAGGGGGCGCCAAACUCGGGAGCUGAUGGCAGUGAACUGCAGCUUGUGACUCCAAACCAUACCGAGCAACAGCUGGUCCCUGAAAACGACCCCAGCGUCACUCUACAUCACACAGGUUCAGCGAGUGCUGUGUGUGAUGUUUCCCAGAAUGCCGAGCUGUGUUCUGAUGGACUGACGGAGUUGGAGUUGGGGACAGACGAGGUGUUUGUGAUUUCCUCCGGACCAAACGCAACCGGACCAACCGUCUCACCUCAUACACAACGUGAACGGUUUCUGCGACACAGUGACACGGGACCCAGCCAGCCCUCUGAUUGGCCGACCCCAGAUUCUUCAGCCCUGUCCGCGUCCAGCCGGGCCGGCUAUGGUGGCUCGUCGGUCAGCGCUCGUCCGCGAGCCUGGAGCGUCCGAACUUUCCACGAUUUUCUGCCUCCUCUCCCUCAGCUCCACAAGAAAUGGUGCAGCUGGAACUCCACCAGCCCUUUCACCAAACUAGUGGACAGUGGUUCUCCGAGCUCUGCAGGAGAUGGUCAUGAUGAUGUGAAGGCGAAGGUGUUAUCAGACGGUCAUCUCCAGGAUCGAGGAAACGGCUGUAAGUCCGAAUCGUCGAUGAGCACCGCCUCCUACCCGCUAUCUCAUUCUGCUCAGAGACAGCGCCGCCUCAACUCUACCAGCAACCUCCGCCGCACCCGGUUUAACGCCCUCUGCUUCGCCCUGCUCUCCCCAUCAUCAGAGUCCUCCAAACCACAGGGGGGCGCUAAUGAGAACAGCAGCACUGCAUUUCAGUUUUCAGAGCCCAGUGGUUCCCCCUCUGGUCAACAGCAGCCACAGAAACCGGGGGAAACGGCAGCUGGAGAUAACGCAAUAUCGUACAGCGUCCGAAACCACCCUGCUGAAGAUGAUCAUGUGUCCGUGCCGGUGUUCGCCAUCUCGGAGGAGGAUGACCGGCAGCCCCUGGUGUCGGCGGAGGACGUGGCACGGCCGUCCAUGGUGAACGGGCAAAGCUACGAAAGUCCAAAAAAGGUGUUUAGCCCCGCCCACUCUGCCACGGAGGAGGAGUCUAAGCUGAAAAAUAGCAAAAUCCAGCUGCCAGUCCACUGCAGCCUGAUGGGGAAGGACAUGUGACCAAGUUGGUGAUCAAAAAAGUGACUUAAAGCACAAAUUGGUGCCUCUUUUGAGGUGAUUAUGGUGAUUUUGGUGAAUUUGGUGGGGCGGCGGGAAAAUCCAUGCACAUUUAUUUGAAGAUUCCACCAAUAGAGUCAAAAAUUUAAAAUUGGAAAAUUAAAUAAUCUCGAAUUGUUUGAAUAUAUCAAUUUUUUUUCAACAUUUAUUACAUAUUUUCAGACAUUUUUCUGCUUGUUGUACAUAAUAAUAAGGAAUAAGGAAUAUAUUCUAGAUGACUUAUUGUAUUUCUUCAGCAGAAAUAAAAAGAAACAAGUAAAAAUUCUCCAAAAUUGGCUUAAAACAAAUAUACAAAAUCUCAUGUUUUAAAGCUUCUGAGUUUUAUCAUAAGAGAUAAUAAAUGUUAACUUAAAAAAAGAUUUUACGAGAUUUAAAAAACAUUUUCACAUGAGAAUUAUAUGCAUAUAUAUGGUAAUAUAUGAUAAAGAUGUUAAAGAUGUAGAUCCAUAUUUUUGAAAAUGCCCCCUUUUGGCCCAUCAAAGAAAAAAUGCACAGAAAAUUAAAAAUAAAACUCUGGAAAAAAAAUGAAGAGACCACUUUUUUCAGUUUCUGAAUCAGUUUCUCUGAUUUUGCUAUUUAUAGAUAUAUGUUCGAUUAUAAUGAUCAUUGUUGUUUUAUUCUAUAAACUACAGACAACAUUUCUCCCAAAUUCCAAAUAAAAAUAUUGUAAUUUAGAGCAUUUAUUUACAGAAAAUGAGAAAUGGCUGAAAUAACAAAAAUAAAAAGAUGCAGAGCUUUCAGACCUCAAAUAAUGCAAAGAAAAAAACAAGAUCAUAUUCAUGAAGUUUUAAGAGUUCAGAAAUCAAUAUUUGGUGGAAUAACCCUGGUUGGUUUUUAAUCACAGUUUUUUCAUGCAUCUUGGCAUCAUGUUCUCCUCCACCAGUCUUACACACUGCUUUUGGA